AUGGCUCGUCAAAACUUUAUAGGAUUUGUUGUGUCGCAGGGGAAAAUGAUGAAAACCGUUAAAGUUCGUGUGGAGUCCAAAGUUUUUAAUAAUAAGAUAAAUAAGUACUUAUUUUAUCGUAAGGAUUAUUUAGUGCACGACGAAGGAGAGGUAUCUCGUGAAGGUGAUUUAGUUCGUAUUGAAGCCACUAGACCGUUAUCGAAAAGAAAAUUUUUCAGUAUUGCAGAAAUACUUAGGAAUAAGGGGCAGCAAUUUGCGGCAUUUGAAAGAGAAGCCAAAGUUCAGGUUGCUAAUGAAGAAAAUGUUAAAACUGAAGCCUUUUUGCAAAAAAGGAACCAAUCUGAUUCUACUUUAUUAAAAGACGUCUUAUUUUUACAAAAAUAUUUUGCAAACAAUAAAGAUAAAACUAAGGAAGAUGAGCAAACUUUUUUGCAAAUUAAAGAAAAAUAUGGUAUCAGUGGUGAUAUGACUCAAGAUAGUAUUAAGACUCUAUUGCAAUUGGAUAUAGCUGGGUUACAAAAUAAACUCGAUAGUACGAGAGAAGUCUUGGGAAAUUUAAAACAACAACUAGAUAACUUAAUGAAUGAUGACAUUAAAGCUAAUGACAUUUUAAGCAAAAACUUUAGUAUUGAGAACCCAUCCGAGUUGAAAAAGAAUAUUAAAAAGAAUCUAUUGAGAAAGUACAUUUUAAAAAAUCCAGAACUCGUUUUUUAA